AUGGAUAGCGUUUCUAUAUUGAAUUACUUUGAUGCAGUUUAUGAGCUUAAAAAGAGAGCUUACCUCCCUCUAUCACAGCCAUAUCAUUUAAGCCUCAGCCAUGAACAUUUUUGAAUAGAAAAACAAAUAAAUGAAACCCAAUUCCUUGGAGUAAAUGAAAAAGGAACUGAAUUUGAUAUACAAGUGAUCACUUCUUCAAGCAUAGAAGCACAAAUAUAUGAGAAAAGAUAUUUCGAAAUGGCAACCCUCGUACAUUAUCUCUCUGGCGUAGCUAAAACUUGUGCUAGAGAACUUGAUAAAUUUUAUUUGAUGACAGAAUUGAAGAAUUCAAUGAGUCUUGAUGAAUUUUUAGUUCAUAAAAAUAAUGUGGAGAUUCCUAAAGUUAUUAGAGAAACUUCUAAUUUGUGCCAGGAAGUCAUAAUAAGAGCUGCAGAAGAGUUAAUAAGCCAAGUUGCCAGCGCAAGAAGAAUGGGCAUGGUAAUUGGGAAUAUCUCUCCUGACAAUCUUUAUAUUGAAAUUUCGCAAAGUCCUAUCAGGCCAGUUUAUACACUGAAUGGCUAUGGAAUUGAUUUAAAGCUUGAUAUGAUAAAUGCUAGGUCUUUAAGCACCGCUUUUCCUUUAAAUCCUGACAUCUUUCCAUUUGAUGAUAAAAACAUUGUAGACUUAUGAGGAGUUGGCGUCUGCUUAUAUGCAGCAGUUACCAGGACAGUAAUGGACGAAAUGCCUCAUUUUAUGACAUCAGAUAAAGACGAAGUGACCAAAAUGAUCCUCGCUGAAAACUAUAUCCCAUCUCUCAGUGAGUUUAUAGCUGAACUUGUAACUGAUAGAACAUAUACAAUGAAAGCAGUCGAUCACUUGUUUUCAAGACUCUUCAAAACGUGGCUUUAUCUAUUUAAAGAGACUGAGAGGGAUUCUUUAGAUUUGAGCGAGCUUGAUUCGAAAGCACUGAUAUCUAGUUUUUAUUUUAAAGAUAAACAUAUAAGGAAAAGAGGCUUUGAGCAGCUUUUUGCAAAAGAUUGCGGAGUUCCUAAAAUUUUGAGUACAAUGCCUAACUGUUUUGAUGUUACAAGGACUGUUAUUAAAGUUGCAACUCACUACAAAUUUUAUGAAGAAAAUAAAGAAUUUUUAGUAAAUGCACUGGUAGCCUUAAAUGAGCUAAUGAAAAAUAACGCUUGGAUUAGGGCUGAGUCAGGGCCUUUAGGACUAUAUAGACUAUUUUAUAUUAAGCUUGACUUUACAAACGCCAAGUUAAGAAAAGAAAUUAUCAGGUACUUAUCUCUGCUAUGCAAAAACAAUACACUAACUGCUUUAAUUAUAGCAAAACAAAAGAGAAUCAUCAACGACCUCCUUUAUCCUCGAUAUCUCAACGAAUCAUCUGAUUUAACUGUCAUGCUGCCUUUCUGUGGCAGAGCAAACAUCAAGAGAAUAAAAAUAUUCCGAGAUUACCGUGUUAUUGGGAACGAUUUCGAGGAAAUCCUUGCCCUUUCUGCAAUUCCUAUCCAUUUCAAAAGGCAGCGUCCUGAAAUUAUAUUAGAUCAAAUCCAAGAACUCAUGAGCCGUAUGGUCAAAACGAGCACAGUCAGCCAAGAAUUUAAUGAAUCUUUAAGCAUUGCUUUAGAAAUCAUAUAUGAGGUUUUAUUCAAAUGCAAGCAUGAGCAUGAAAUCAAUCGUAGUGGGGAAUGCUGCAAGCUUUUCACUAAAUCUCAUUCAUAUAAUACUAUUCCAUUUCUCACAAAAUGCACCCGCUGCAAUAUGAACUUUUGCCCAGCAUGUUCAAGAUUUCAUUCUAGUUCUCAAAGCCAUAGUUUGCAGUUUUUGAUAUACACAUUAAACCCUAAAGCAACUUGUGCUUGUGCGAGUGCGCAUCCCUCAGCAUUUACAUCAGCUGUAUUAAGUGAUUUAAGGGAAGAAAAACAAAUUGAGCUGUUUGCGACAGGAGGAGUGGAACAUGAAAACCAUAUUUAUCAUACGGAAAAAGAGUCUAAAGAAAUAAGUAUUACAAGUGUGGCUGAAAUAAAUGUGUUUAAUGAUGAUAUUAGGCCUGUCACUAUUUUUUAUUAUGAAGUAUAUGUGCAAAGGGCAGGGCUUACAGGGAAUAUAAAAGUUGGGCUAGAAGGAACUGGGGUUGAGUAUUGUGGAGAUACUGGAGAUAUACUUAUGGAUGGUGAAGUGAUUGAGCAUGGGCCUAGAUUUGGGUCCAAAGAUGUUGUAGGGAUUGGGAUUACUUCAAGCUAUUAUGUUUAUUUUACUUAUAACGGUUUUAACUUGCAUUUAUAUGUAGAAUGUGAGCCAAUCCGAGAAAUUCGGCCUCUUGUAAGGGUGAAAGGCAAGCAUAUCAGAGUUCAAUUAAAAUUCAACCAUUUCAUGUGUGACCCAAAAUCAUAUCCAGCCGUUUCGCAAGCAAGAAUAUGUCAACUAAUGAAAGAAAUUGAGGAGUGGAUAAAAUAUUAUGCGGAGAAAACCAAAAUUUUCCCUUUUAUGAAAAGCAAUGCGGACUCAAUAAAGCGAAUUGUUUCGAAUUUAAGUUCCCAGCUUCCAUUGAAUUUCCCAUAUUUUGAUGCACAUAUUGUUCCUAUAAAAGCUUCAUCGAAAUCGAUAUGCAAUAUAAUUUAG